GCUCAUAAGCACUUAUCAGCAUGUAAAUCAACACCGACGAUUAAGUAGCAAUUAUUCACCAUAUUACUUAUCUAAAUAGUAUCAGAUCGCUAAACGGUCGUUGCCACAAAAACAACGCCUGCCAUGUUAACCCGAUACGCGGUGACAGCUUUCCCGCGCUACAAUAUGUCAUGUUUUUUUUUCAGCCGAGGGGUUGGAUACAAACAGCCAAUUACGGCAGGGGCGGGUUGCACUUAGCACACUCGGGUGAUAGCCAUUUAGUCACCAACACUGGCUGUAAGGGUUCGUCCGUCAAAAUGCUAAUUAAAAAGAAAAAUAUAUUUUUAAUCGAACGCCGGUGUUGCCAACGCGCAUGCUUUAACCGAUAUGUUUAAUUUAAUUAGUGCGCUAAGGUGUUUUGUGAUACAGUGAUUUGUGUAGAUAAAAUUUUAUUGAAGUUGCAACUGUUUCCUGGAGUUUGUGAUUGGAUUUACUUAUUUAAAAGGCAUGCCCAAGUAACGCCCCUGCGCGGCGCGAUGUGCGCGCGGCAUGGAGUACGUCCCCAACAACCCCCAGUUCGGGCUCGAGCUGUGCUGCGACCCGCUGCAGUGCCACUGUCUAGAGCCGCCUUUAAGAGAGUUGGACGACUGUUGCCAGCAGGAAAACGACAAUUGCUGCACAGAAAAUGGCGAGGACCUAAACGGUUUAGGAGACAUCGCGCCGGCCAUCGCGGACGAUGUGAGCGGCGACCCGGCCUGGGGCGAAGACAUGGGAUCCUUCUCACUACCACCGCUCGAAUUGGACCCGCUGCCUUCCUUGUUCCCGUUUUCACCUUGCUCAGGAUACAACAGGAACAACGGGAGCGAAUGUCGCGAAAGGGGAGGCGGCGAUGCGGCAGACGUCCUGCUCUCUCUCAAGCAUGCCGUCGUUCACGGGGACUGCGCCGCCGAAACUGUACACCCACAGAUGAUGGUGAACGGCGGCAGCGGCUACCCGUACUACGAGCACUACGGCGGAGCGCCCCUCUUCCCGACCAUGUCCGUCAACGUGUCCAUGAACAUGACCAUGCACGGCUGCCCGCCCGACCAACUCUGCUCCCAGGUCCAAUGGAACCAAAACACGUCACCGCCCUCAGUGAACGUGGUCUACCCGCAAACACAGAACAUGAUAAGCCCAAACUCCUACCCUGCUGCAACGUACUCCUUCACCGCUGACUUCAGAACACCUAACCAAUCAGACCCUCUCAUCACAGCCACGUCUUCGUUCAAACCUCUGCAACUGCAAAAUGCACAGAAGCAAAACAACUAUCUGUUUCAACAGAAGAACUUUGCUGGGCAAAAGAUGCAGUCGCUAAAGAGGUCGCCGUCCAGGAUAUUUGUUCAGGAGGGUCAGAAGGAACAGAUCGGGAAUGGGUACAUAUUGAAUCAUCAGGGACAGAUGCAUUCGCAGGAGUACGCGUAUACGGCGUGUGUUAAUGCUAGUGGGAAAGUUCAGGUAGGCGCACUCAGCGGUUGUUCAGAAGACGACGAGCAGAAGCCCAACCUCUGCCGCAUAUGCGGGAAGACCUACGCCCGGCCGAGCACGCUGAAAACGCACCUUCGCACGCAUUCCGGCGAGCGCCCUUACCGGUGCGGGGAUUGCAAUAAAAGCUUCUCCCAAGCUGCGAACUUGACUGCUCAUGUAAGGACGCAUACAGGACAGAAGCCUUUCAGGUGCCCUAUUUGCGAUCGUCGAUUUAGCCAAAGCUCAAGUGUGACUACGCAUAUGAGGACACAUUCCGGCGAAAGGCCGUAUCAAUGUCGGUCCUGCAAAAAAGCUUUCUCCGACAGCUCAACCCUCACGAAGCACCUCCGGAUACACUCCGGAGAGAAGCCAUACCAAUGCAAGCUCUGCUUACUAAGAUUCUCGCAGUCCGGCAAUCUGAACCGACACAUGCGUGUUCACGGGAACAUGUCUGGCGGCAUGCUCGGCUGACACUUGCCAACUCGCGGCGUCUCCGCCGUGUAUUUCUAA